CUCUUAGGUUUGCUGCUAAUGCUAAUGGACCCGGAAAGGUAAAGCAGCACUCCGAAGAUGGCCGGGGUGUUUGAGGUGGAGGUUGAUGGUGUAGAGCACGACCAUGGGCUGGAGCAUCACGAUGAACCGCACCAGUUUGAUGUGUCCAAGCUCUCACCAGAGGAGAAGUGGAGAGUGGAGCAUGCAAGAAUGCAUGCCAAACACAAAGGUCAUGAGGCCAUGCACGCAGAGAUGGUGUUGAUCCUCAUAGUCACCCUUGUCGUCGCCCAGCUAGUCCUUGUGCAGUGGAAACAGAGACAUCCAAAGUCAUACAAUCUGGUGACUCUGUUCCAGAUGUGGGUAGUUCCUCUCUACUUUACUACCAAACUGCACUGGUGGAGGUUCCUGAUCACGUGGUUUAUCUUCUCGGUCAUCACAGCGUACAUCUCCUACCGUGCCACUCGCAAGCCACUGGCCUGCACCACACCCAGGUUGGUGUAUAAGUGGUUCCUCCUUCUCUACAAGAUCAGCUAUGCCACAGGAAUAGUUGGCUACAGUGUCGUCAUGUUUACACUUUUUGGUAUAAAUCUAAUAUUCAGGAUAAAGCCGGAGGAUGCAAUGGACUUUGGCGUUUCACUAUUAUUCUACGGUCUGUACUACGGGGUCCUGGGAAGGGACUUUGCAGAGAUGUGUGCAGACUUCAUGGCUUCAACCGUUGGUUAUUACAGUGCGUCCGGCAUGCCAACCAAGCACCUCUCCGACAAUAUCUGUGCUGUGUGCGGCCAGCCCAUCCUCGUAGAUGUCAGUGAGGAGGGGAUCAUCGAGAACACGUACAGACUAUCAUGCAACCAUGUAUUCCAUGAGUUCUGCAUAAGAGGAUGGUGUAUCGUCGGGAAGAAGCAGAUGUGCCCGUACUGCAAGGAGAAGGUGGAUCUGAAGAGGAUGUUCAGUAACCCCUGGGAGAGGCCACACGUCAUGUAUGGACAACUUUUAGACUGGCUUCGGUACUUGGUGGCCUGGCAGCCUGUCAUUAUUGGAUUUGUGCAAGGCAUCAACUACGUCCUGGGUCUGGAGUGACCUGCGACUCUCAGAAAAUGGACAUACACGCCAUACGGGGAAGAUAUGCACUGGCUCAAAAGACUGAGGGCCUAACAUUGAACUAAAACACCAAUAAAAAGUGUCUAUACUUUUUGUAUAUAUUUAUAGGCACAUAUUACCUGUAUUUUACAGUUUAUUUGAAUUUUAUUGGUAAUCUGAAUUUGGAUGUCUGUGUCAAUUUCCCAGGAUUUGCUUCACACAGCAUUACACCUUGAUAAUUGGUUUGUGCAUCUUUUGGCCUAGUAAAGCGGUUCUAAAAAUCACUAGAGGUGCUUUUUACUAAUUUAUGUCUUAAGUGUUUGUUAAUUCUUUAGUUAAAGGACUGUGCUGGAGUUUUUCAUCCUCAUGUCUGAUGGCUAUCACACAUGAGUAAUAAAGGUUGAAUGGAAAUCAAAA